AUGGUGAAAAUGUUCUCCGCUGUACUCCUGCUGGCCGUGGCUGGCCUGACGAACGCUUACCUCGACCAGGGCAAUUGUCCUUCAAUCAAACACGUCGACGAGUUCGACCUUCCUUCUUACAUGGGUCGGUGGUUCGAGACUCACCGAUACCCUGAUGGAAUCGAAAAAGGAAGAGCCUGCGUCACGGCAGAUUACGUACUUGUCAACGACACGAGGUUCUCCAUCAGGAACUCUGCUAACCUCCACGACGGAUCAAUCGAACUGCUUCACGGGAACGCCGUGACCACAGACACCCCCGGCCGGUUUAUUGUAGGGUUCCAAGGCGAGCCUCCCAUCGUCUACAACGUCCUGGCCACCGACUACGCUACCUACAGUUCCGUCUACAGCUGUGCGGAGGAUCACCAAAAACAACACUUUGGGGUCUCAUACGUUGAGGGCUAUGCUCUCAACAUCGGCUAG